AUGUCAAUGGCCUUCUUGGCACAAGUUCCUCCAGUCAUUCUUUCGAUUGUCUUAGUCCAGUGGAAAUUGGACGUUCCACAGAAGACUUUCAAACCUGGGCACUGCGAAUCCACUCGCGACAAGUUACGACGUAUCGACUUCAUCGGAGCGGUAUGCAUGAGUAUAACCAUCUUCACUGCGCUAUUCGUCCUGGACACUGGCGGACAGAAAUACGAUUGGAACCACCCCGUCAUCAUCACAUCCGCUUGCGUUGCUGUUAUCGGUGCUGGAACGUUUGUCGUAUACGAACGGUACUUCGCGAAAGAGUCAAUCUUUCCUGUCCAACUACUCACCCGCUACGUUGUUGGCACGUCUUAUGGAAUCCUUCUCCUGCAGAACUUUUCUCAGACCGCAGUCACCAAUAAUGCAUCGACUGGCGAAGCCGGCGCCUACCUCAUACCCUCUGUGGUUGGAAAUACAGUCGGUGGCCUCCUGACGGGGGCAUGGAUCAAGCGGACCGGAAGUUACAAAGCUCCUACCAUACUCGCGAGUGCCAGCUCAGCGUUGUCUUUCAUUCUUUUGCUCUUAUUCUGGCGUGGGCAUACCACAGUCUGGGGAUCCCUCCUAAUAUUCCCCGCCGGCUUUGCAACAGGCAUGGCUCAUUCGGCCGUGUUCGUUGGAUUGACAUCCGCAGUGGCGAAGGACGACGUAGCCAUUGCUGGCUCUGGCUUGUACCUGAGUGGUAACGUGGGGGGCGUUACGGGCGUGAGCGGGGCUGCUGCAGCCUUUCAAAUCGUUUUGCAGAUGGGCCUGAAUCAUGCCCUGGAGGGAAGGAAUGACGCAUCCGAGAUAGUCGAGAAGGCGACCUCUGAUAUCGCCUACAUUCAGCAUGUGGGCGACGGUCUUCGCGAGCUGCUAAUGCCGGCAUAUAUACACGCCACGCAGCAAGUAUUCGUGCUUGGGCUAGUCGCCUCCGUCAUCGCAUUUUCCAUCGCACUUGUCACGAAGGAGAGGAACCUGUUGAAAGCAAACUCGGCCGAGUAG